GUGAGAGAUUACAGAGAGGCAGGACGAACGACCAACCACGGCUCUCGGCCACAGGCUCCCUCCAAUGACAGACAGCGUAACGGUUCGAAGUGACGAAUCGCUGCGCACCAGGGGCGUGCCUCAGUAUAUAUAUUCCCGCAGCUGUCGUAGCUGGAUAAUAGUUGCUGCCAAAAGAAGCCAUGACAACGACAUCUACGUUCAAGGGCCUGGACCCCGAAGGCCGCAGUAGCUCCAGGAUCCUGCGACCUCCAGGUGGAGGCUCCAGCUUCUCCUUUGGUGUUGGCGAUUCACAGAAGCAACAACCUGUUAGAAGACAUAUGAUGGCCUCCAACAUAUUUGGCAUUCCAGAUGAUGAACCAACUCCUGCAUCUCAUGCUUCAGAAACAGACAUCCCACACAGUUCAGCUUGUGGAAACCCCGAAGAUUUAGAGAAAACAUGUAAUCAGGAAGAGUGUGGAGAAGCAGCUGAUCACAUGGGUGAAGCAGAAAUACCAGAAACAGAGUUUGGAAAAGAUGGCUCUCAAGCUGCUGGAGACAGCGAACAACUGGCUGCCCCUGUAGCAGUAGCCAGUAGGCGAAACCCUCCAGGAGGAAAGUCCAGUCUGGUCCUGGGCUGAAACUCUACACUGCUCUAGCAUUUUCUUCCAUUUGACUGUACAUGUUUCUUUGUUUUAAGCACUUUGUCCCAACCCUCUCGUUGUUGUGUUCUUGAUCUACUGGAAACGGCAUGAAUGGUUUUCUAUUUUCCAUGUUUGUACUUUUUUGUUUUUUUUUUGUUU